AUGGUUCUAUUCAUGCUUUUUCACUGUUGUUUCUCCUUUUUCUAUUUUACUCUCUUUUUUUGUGUGGACGAAGUGCGUGUGUGUGUGUGUGGGAUGGAGCUCCUUGUGGGGGUGAAUAGCGACAUUGUGUCCUGCAUCACCCGCAUCAUACAGCGACACGCUGCGCAGGUGCGUGCUUUGCGGGAGGAGGAAAUUGCCGUCAACGCCCGUGCGGAACAAUUGGAGCACCUGACAGAACUUCUGAUGGGCGGUGAAAUUUCUCCCUCUUUACAUGAGUUUUCGUUGGAUGCGCCGCAGUCCGAGGAGGAGAACAAGUGGGUGGACGAGGAGGUACUGACCGACACGCCUUCUGCACCGCAGUUAGUGACAGUGGAUGGUUUUGAGCAAAAGGCACGGAUGGAGGGAUCACCGCUGCCAGCCUCUCAGGCGAGCUCGCAGGACAUGUCCUCCGUAGAGCCACUACGAGAGGCGGAGGGUGAAAAACGGAGUUCCACCACACCAUCGCCCAUGCGACGUGAGUUGGAUGAGUUCUUUCCCAUUGCUGCAUCCAAGCGCCCACGACAAGCAUGUGUGACGGAAGGUUCUUGUCGUCGCCGAAGUCGUGUUGAGAUGCGUAAAAAUGAUGCAGGCGCUGAAGCCAUCAUUACUGCCACGGACAUCCUAGCGACCAUACCGUGUAUUUCCUCGAAUGCGACGCCAACAGCCACGACGGUAGAUGCAGUUUUACAUGAAGAAAAACCCCGUAGUUAUGUGCGCAGCCACCGCCGACGUCAAGAAGAUUAUGCAGCGGAUGCCGCAAUGUACGUGAGGGGCCAUGAAGGUGCUCAGGUGGCGUGUACACCAUCCGUGUACUGGGAGAUUGCAUUUCCAAAGGGCCUUCAUGCUCAUGCUUCUGCCUGCGAAGAUCAGGGGGAGUAA